AUAAAAGGCUCCACGCACACACACAAGCACACACGCGCUCACACACAGAGAAAACCAUUUUGCCUGUUGAUUUAUGGAAACAAUUAUGAUUCUGCUGGAGAAUUUCUCAGCUGAGAAAUAGUUUGUAGCUACAGUAGAGAGGCUCAAGUUGCACAAGGCAGACAGCAGACAUGGAAUGCUUGUGUAUCCAGCUGGUAUAAACAGAACAAAAGUCAAGUAACAAACGGUGCUGCAGCAACUGGCCUCACUACAAUCUAUUUUUAUAAGGAUAUAUCAAGAGUUACUGAAGGAGGAAUCAGUAUUGGUAUCAGAAACUAAAAGAUAAGGUUAGCAGUUUGGAAAGAGUAACCAGUCUUUCUCAAAUCAAUCUACAGUUCAUAGAUAGGAGGAGGUCCAUGACCUAGGACUAACAGUCAACUCAAGAUUUAAUUUUCAUUAUGUUAUUCAUGAACACCCGGAGCACUACACUAUAAUGCACAAAUGGAUACUGACAUGGAUCCUGCCAACUCUGCUCUACAGAUCAUACUUCCACAUCAUCUGUCUAGUGGGCACUAUGUCUUUAGCUUGCAAUGACAUGAGUCCAGAGCAAAUGGCUACAAAUGUGAACUGCUCCAGCCCCGAGAGGCACACAAGAAGCUAUGAUUACAUGGAAGGAGGGGAUAUAAGAGUGAGAAGACUUUUCUGUCGAACACAGUGGUAUCUGAGGAUUGACAAACGAGGCAAAGUGAAAGGGACCCAAGAGAUGAAGAACAAUUACAAUAUCAUGGAAAUCAGGACAGUGGCAGUUGGAAUUGUGGCAAUCAAAGGGGUGGAAAGUGAAUACUAUCUUGCAAUGAACAAAGAAGGAAAACUCUAUGCGAAGAAAGAAUGCAAUGAAGAUUGCAACUUCAAAGAAUUAAUUCUGGAAAACCAUUACAACACAUAUGCAUCUGCUAAAUGGACACACAGUGGAGGAGAAAUGUUUGUUGCUUUAAAUCAAAAAGGGGUUCCUGUACGAGGGAAAAAAACGAAGAAAGAACAAAAAACGGCCCACUUUCUUCCUAUGGCAAUAACCUAAUGAUACAUGGUGUAUAAGAAACCAGUUUCAGCAGGGAGAUUUCUUUAAGUGGACUUUUUUCUUUCUUCUUUCCUUACUCUCUCUCUCUCUCUCUUUUUUAAAGUAAUCAAGAAAGGCUGGAAAACUACUGAAAAAACUGAUCAAGCUGGACUUGCGCAUUUUUGUUUAUUUUAAGAGACUGCAUUAAAGAUUUGAAAACUAUACACAAAAAUCAGAUUUAGUAACUAAAAGUUGUAAAAAGUUGUAAAACUGGUUGUAAAAUCAUGAUGUUAGUAAUAGUGAUUUUUUUUCUUAAAUUAAUUUACCCUUAAGAGUAUGCUAGAUUUGAUUAUCUCAUAAUGAUUAUUUAAAUAUCACUAUCUGCUUAUAAAAUGGCUGCUAUAAUAAUAAUAAUAAUAAUGAUAAUAAUAAUAAUGCAGAUGAUGUUAUAUAAGAUCUGACAGACCUAAAAGCUGCUGGAAUGAGUUGGGUAAUCAAGCCGACACAAACUGUGGAAGAUGAGCAGUAUUUGAAAUGUUUUCCAGUGAAAAUUAUAAUCCACUUAAGCUCUGUUCAGAAAACAAUUAAUGCUGUAAAAUUUUUGAUAUAGAAUUAAAUAGGUAGUUUUAUAAAAUUACAGGCUUAGCACAUAACUGCACUGAUUAACAUGGAAAGAAAAUUCGUAAGGCCACUCAAAUUGAAAGAGGAUCGCUAAAGGGAUGUUACAAAAAUCUUGUAUAUAAAAUAGCAAUAACAAUGAUAAUACUGUAUUUCAUCUUGCCACAAAGUAACAUUUCAUAAUCCCUAAGAACACAAUUCAGAAAUCUUUAAGUUUUUUUCAAGUAAUAUAAUCUAUCUUUUGUAUAAUUCAUAUUUGGGAACAUGACUUUUAAAAAUGUUCUUCCCACAAAUAAUCGUGCUUUUUUCCUGUGGUUACAGCAUUAAACUCUAUUUUAAGUUGUAUUUGAAUUUUAUUGUUUUGUUAUUUAAGUUUAUGUUAUUUAUAAAAAAAACUUAAGAAGCUGUAUGUGUUUCAUAUGCUUUUAAUUUUAAAGGAAUAACAAAACCGUCUGGCUGAACUGCAAGUUUCUCCUCCCUCUGGUGACAGACACCAAGCCUAGUGCAUAGCACUUAGCCAGUAAAUCCUGGAUGGCAGACAAAAAAGACAGCCUGCAGCAUGCUUACAAUAGAGGCUCAGAGGGAACAAUACAAAUAUGUGAAAAAUGUUUUGCCAUAGGACUCUUGCCAAUUAAUUUGGAUCAUAUAAGUAAAAGAAAUUACAGGAUUU